AUGGGGAGUUUUAUAUAUGUACAGUAUCUAUGUAUUUAUAUGUUCUGUAAAUAGACCAUGGACCAUGUUUUAAUUACACAUUUUGUUAAAUGACAACCUGUUAAUAAAGAUCCCAAUAUAAAUAUAAAGAUAAAUUUUGUUUAUAUUGUGAUUUAGCUCAUUUUAAUUUUAUCAAACAUGAGUGAGAUCAAAACAUUGAGUAAAUCUAUUGCCAAUACUGGUCUGUAAAACCAAGAUUUGGCCAAUGCUGGUCUUAGGUUAUGUUUGAGAAAUAAACAUAGUGUUUAAAAAUUUUAAUUUUUUAAAAUAUAUUAUAAAUAUAUAUUAAGAUAAAAAAAAAUAAAAGCAAACUUGAUCAUUGUACUAACGAUAUUGAAAUUAUACCAAACGUGAGUGUCAUCAUGGGAAUAAAACGUGAAUUAGAGUUUGAAGACAUCGCAGUAAAAAAACAUAAGGGUACCAUGGAAACAUUUAAUAAAAAGAGUGACAAGAUAUAUGAUCAUAAUGAUGAUCAUUCCUAUGCCAAAAAUAUAAUUAUUGACUGUGUUAAUGAUGAUUGCUUGGCUGAAAUAUUCAUGUAUGUACCAGCAUGUGAGAGACUUAAAAUUGCACUGGUAUGCAAAAAAUGGAAAAGAGCUCUCAAUAAUUCAUGGUUUAAUGUCAAAAAACUUGAAUUAACUUAUUGGCGAUAUCAUGAAUUACCAAAGUGUUUAGAAAAAUAUCAAACGUCUGAUAAAAAAUUAAAUUUUUUAAAGUCAGUGCUUGAUAAGUGUGGUCAUUAUUUAACAACAUUAGACUUGACAGCUUAUGGUCAUUGUAACAUAGUGCCAGUUAUUAAUGAUUGUUGUCCAAACCUCAUGAAACUUAAAUUAAGAUUCAUUGAUAUUGACGAUGCAAUGUUAUUCAAUGCAUUUACACGUCUAUCUAAACUAAAGUCCUUGACAAUUAUAUUUGAAAAUAUGAAAAAUAAAAUAAUACCUGUGACUUUAAUAAAUUCAUUGAAAAACGUUGCUGAUACAUUGAUUGAUCUAAAUUUGUUAAAUUUCGUCGAUCACUUGGAUGACAGUUGUAAUUAUCCAAAAGAGUUUAUUUGUGUGAUUCGUCAACUAAAGUUCAUGCAAAUUUUUGAAGUUUCUGGUAUACAAAUUCUUAAGGAUAUAUACGAGUAUUUAAUAAGAAAUAGAAUAUCAUUUUUUUUAAACCAUUAUUUUUACCUUGCAAUACCUCCUUAUUUGUCACAACCGUUAAUUCGUAUCAGGAUGUUGGAUUUAAAAGAUUGCUGUAUCCAAGAUGAUAGUUUGUAUACUAUUGCCAAUACCAUCAAACGAUUAGAAUCAUUAAUUAUAGAUUCUGAAUGGAUAACCGAUGAUGGCGUCGUAGCACUUUCAAAGAUGGAUAAUUUACAACACAUUUAUUUACACGGUCAUAGCAACGUCACUGAUUCGUCAAUCAAAUUACUCAAAAAUAUAGUAAGAUUACGUGUACCACAAAGCAAUAAAAUAACUGAUGCUUCAGUUACGAAACUUCUUGGAAAUUCACCAAAUAUUGACUACCUUUUUUUUACCAAGACAAGUGUGACUGCCAAAUUUGUCAAAAAAGCAGCAGAAAUAUCAAAUAAUCGAAAACGACUUUUAGAGUUGAUCAUUUCAUCUAUACCUGAUAUAGAACAAUAUACAUCGGAAUAUUUUAAAGUAGAUACUAUUGAAAAUAUAGUAGAAAAAAGAAAAAAAAAUGGUAUAAUUUGAUACAAAUGCUCACGUAGAUAGUGUGCAAUUUUUAUCAAUUAAAAUAUAAGAAAUCGAUUUUCAAAAAUAAAUAUAUAUAUAUUUAAAAAAGUUAAUUACGAAAAUAAAAUGUUAAAAAAACAUUAUCAAAUAUAAAAACAACAACAAGCUAUCAUAAAUAAAUGAAUUAAUAAAAAUAAU